AUGCCCAGGCAAGGUCCUCCCGAAGCUUCGUACCUCACGUACCUAAUUCCCCGGCCUCAAUCCUGGACAACUUCCGCGCAGGCAUGGCAUCGAUCAUCGGGUAUCGAUAACUUCAGUCAAGACCAUCGGCCUCUAACAAUUCAAGAAUCCCGUACCACAAUCGAGCGUGGAACAACAGGUUUAAGGACAUGGCGUGCCAGUCUCGAUCUGUCAGAGUGGAUCCUGCAAAAUCAUCAUAUCGUAUCGUCAGCACGAGUUCUUGAGCUUGGGAGCGGUGUUGGUCUUCUUGGGCUAUUGGUUGCGACCCUACAACAACUCAGUCGGCCGACCGUUGUAGAACAAAGCUCCUGCAUAUACAUGACAGACGUAGAUGACGAUGUUUUGGCGAGAUGUGGGCUCAACGUUCGGCUUCCUUACAUGCUUGCCGACAAUCCUAACGUUCAUGUAAGGGCACUUGACUGGGAAGACUCUGUCAAUCCCAAUCGAGAACCAUUCGUGCUUUCGCUUUUGGAAGAAAUUGACGCAGACGUCGUACUAGCUGCUGAUGUGGUCUAUGACCCGUCGAUCAUCGCACCACUCACGCGUACCUUGCGUCUCGCGUUGGAACGGCCGUUUCCGGCUGAGCGAGACUUGCACGGCGGAGCGAAUAGCCAACAACCAUUUCAGCUCGGCUCUCCCAGGAGUGCGUACAUCGCUCUCACCCUUCGUCGGGAGCAAACAUUCUCGGAAUUUUUAUCUAGCGCGGGCGAAGAACAAGAAGGCCUUUUUGUUGAAUUCAUUGACAUGGAUCUACCCCCGGAUGACGCACGUGUCUUUUGCACCGACAAUAUUUCGGGAGCAGCCACUACACGGCUGAUGCGUCUAGCCGUGGCAGGGUGA